AGAGGCGGGAGCGCGCUGAGGGAAAGCUGCAGUCGGCGGCGGCCAUCUUCUUUCAGGAACCGGCUGAUUUCCACCGCCCCCCCCCACCUAUACCCCCUCCUCUACCUCCGCUGCAAAUGAGGCAGCCCCAAGUGAGACCCCUUGCCACUCACUGAGCCGGUGCCGGGGGCGGGAGCCGGAGGCACACGGAGAGACACCCACACAGGAUAAUUUGGGAGUGGGGCGGGGGAAUCUCCCUUCCUGGCCGGCCGGGGUGCGGAAGGGGCUGAGGGAGGAGGGGGCGCCUCAGCCCUUGGCAUUAGGAAGCCUGCGCCGGGAGUGGGCGGGUGGGCGUGAGGCUGGGGGCUUCCUCUCGGGGUCGGGCGCCCCUUCCCUGGUCCCCACCCCCCGCUGGCUCUUUCUGCCCCGCCAAGGUGCUGCUGCUGCUGCUGAGGAGGCGGAGGCUGCUCUCUCUCUCCCCCUCUGGAUGGGAGGAUAAGCUGUAACCAUGUUCAGCUUCGAAGGGGAGUUCAAAACCAGGCCCAAGGUGUCUCUUGGAGGAGCCAGUAAGAAGGAGGAAAAAGCUUCUCUUUUGCAUCGCACACAGGAAGAGAGGCGGAAACGAGAGGAAGAAAGGAGAAGGCUGAAAAAUGCAAUAAUCAUCCAGUCCUUUGUUCGUGGGUACAGGGACAGAAAACACCAAUAUUCCAUUCAGAGGAGCGAAUUUGAUUACUGUGCUAAUCUAGCGCAAUCUGGAGGAAGUUUCUCCACCGCCAAUGGAGCAAAUCUGACUCUUUUAGUUCGCCAACUUCUGUUUUUCUAUAGGCAUAAUGAGGAUUCUAAACGUUUGAUAUGGAUAUGUCAGAACUUGAUUAAGCAGAAUUCUCAGUUUGUGAAGCAGCUUGAUGGCCCUGAGAAACUUACAUGCCUGUUCCAGAUAAAAAGGCUGUUGGGCUUAUGUUGCAGAUUGCUGCAAAACUGCAAUGAUGACAGUCUGAAUGUUGCACUUCCUAUGAGGAUGCUUGAAGUAUUUUCAUCUGAGAAUACCUAUUUGCCUGUUUUACAAGAUGCUAACUAUGUAGCAUCAAUAAUUGAACAAAUCUUGCACUACGUGAUUCAAAAAGGAUACUACAGGUCUCUUUAUCUGCUAAUAAAUAACAAGCUUCCAUCAAGUAUUGAGUAUUCUGAUGUGUCUCGAGUUCCUAUUGCAAAAAUAUUGUUAGAGAAUGUUCUGAAACCAUUGCACUUUAAUUAUAGCUCCUGUCCAGAAAAUGCCAGGCAACAGAAUUUUGCUGCUUUUACAGAAGAAUUCCUGGCAGCACCUUUUACAGAUCAGAUAUUUCAUUUCAUCAUUCCAGCGCUUGCAGAUGUGAAGACCUGUUUUCCUUAUGAACUCUUUUUGAAUGCACUAUUGUUAACAGAAAGCAGGCGUUUGAGGAAAAGUGAGAGAGCUCCUUGGCUUUUCUACGUUGUUCUAACUGUUGGGGAAACAUAUUUAGGAUCUCUUUCAGAAGAAGGGCUGCUUGUGUACCUGCGAGUCCUUCAGACAUUUCUUUCUCAGUUACCGGUGUCUGCAUCAGGUGCAGACUGCCAAGAUUCAACCAGUGACUCUGAAGAUGAAGAUGAAGGAAUUAGCAAGAUGACUUCCAUGCCUGGAGAUGGAAGAAUAUCAGUCCAAUACAUAACUGAAGAGUGUCUUUCAAAACUGGAUACAAAACAGCAGACAAACACUCUGCUAAACAUGGUUUGGAGAGAUUCAGCUAGUGAAGAAGUUUUUACUCUGAUGGCUUCCAUCUGCCACACAUUGAUGGUGCAGCACCGAAUGAUGGUGCCAAAAGUCAGACUUCUGUACAGCUUGGCUUUUAAUGCCAGAUUCCUGAGGCAUCUUUGGUAUUUAAUCUCCUCAAUGACUACACGAAUGAUUACUGGGUCUAUGGUGCCACUCCUUCAGGUGAUAUCACGUGGCUCACCCAUGUCUUUAGAAGAUUCUAGUCGGAUCAUCCCUCUCUUUUAUCUUUUUAGUUCCUUGUUUAGUCACUCACUUAUUUCUAUACAUGAUAAUGAAUUCUUUGGUGAUCCUAUAGAAGUUGUAGGUCCAAGGCAGUCAUCGAUGAUGCCUUUUACGUUAGAAGAACUGGUAAUAUUAUCACGCUGCCUUCGAGAUGCUUGCUUAGGAAUCAUUAAAUUGGCAUAUCCUGAAACCAAACCAGAAGUUCGUGAAGAAUACAUUGCAGCAUUUAGAAGUGUUGGAGUCACCACAAAUACAGAAAUGCAACAGUGCAUCCAAACAGAACAGAAACGGUGGAUUCAACUCUUUAAGGUAAUCACUAACUUGGUGAAAAUGUUGAAAUCUAGAGAUACAAGAAGGAAUUUCUGUCCACCAAACCACUGGCUUUCAGAACAGGAGAACAUUAGAGCAGAUAAGGUUACACAGCUUUAUGUGCCAUCAGCCAGGCAUGUAUGGAGAGUGAGAAGAAUGGGAAGAAUAGGACCUCUGCAGUCUACUCUAGAUGUGGGGCUGGAUCCAGCACCUCUUUCCGUGUCUGAGGAACGACAACUUGCAAUAUUGACUGAGCUACCUUUUGUGGUUCCUUUUGAAGAAAGAGUAAAGAUAUUUCAGAGGCUGAUCUAUGCUGACAAACAAGAGGUUCAAGGAGAAGGCCCAUUUCUGGAUGGAAUUAAUGUCACUAUUAGGAGAAAUUAUAUUUAUGAAGAUGCGUACGACAAACUUUCCCCUGAAAAUGAACCAGAUUUGAAAAAACGAAUUCGUGUCCAUUUACUUAAUGCCCAUGGCCUAGAUGAAGCUGGUAUUGAUGGGGGUGGAAUAUUCAGAGAAUUUCUGAAUGAACUGCUUAAAUCAGGAUUUAACCCUAACCAAGGUUUUUUUAAGACCACCAAUGAAGGACUGCUUUACCCUAACCCUGCUGCACACAUGCUCAUUGGAGAGUCAUAUGCAAGGCACUACUAUUUCCUUGGGAGGAUGCUUGGAAAGGCUUUAUAUGAAAAUAUGCUUGUUGAGCUUCCAUUCGCCAGUUUUUUCCUUUCAAAGUUGUUGGGAACAAGUGCAGAUGUGGACAUUCAUCACUUGGCUUCACUAGAUCCCGAAAUGUACAAAAACCUACUUUUUCUUAAGAGCUAUGAAGGGGAUGUGGAAGAACUUGGGCUGAAUUUUACUGUGGUGAAUAAUGAAUUGGGGGAAGCACAGGUGGUUGAACUGAAGCCUGGUGGAAAGGAUAUUCCUGUCACUAGCGCCAAUCGAAUCGCAUACAUCCAUCUUGUGGCAGACUACAGGUUAAACAAACAGAUCAGGCAGCAUUGCCUUGCAUUUAGACAGGGUCUUGCCAAUGUUGUUAAUCUUGAGUGGCUUAGAAUGUUUGAUCAGCAAGAAAUUCAGGUUUUGAUAUCUGGUGCACAGGUUCCUAUUAGUCUAGACGACCUUAAAACUUUCACAAACUAUUCAGGUGGUUAUUCUGCAGAUCAUCCAGUAAUCAAAAUCUUUUGGAGAGUUGUAGAAAGUUUCACCGAUGACGAAAAACGUAAAUUGCUCAAGUUUGUGACAAGCUGUUCACGGCCUCCACUCUUGGGGUUUAAGGAAUUGUACCCUGCUUUUUGCAUACACAACGGAGGCUCUGAUUUAGAGCGACUACCCACUGCCAGUACCUGCAUGAAUUUAUUGAAGCUUCCAGAGUUUUAUGAUGAGAACCUUAUGCGAAGUAAGCUGCUUUAUGCCAUUGAAUGCGCUGCUGGAUUUGAGUUGAGCUGAGCUGAGCUACUCUAAUGCUCUGUCGAGGAACUAAUCAGUGCCUACUUCCAUACGCACCACCCACACCAAGCAGAUUAAGAGAAUCCCAGCUAGGUUUCUGCAACUCAUCUUUCCUGUCAAAUACUCUCAAGUAGGUUUCAGUUUCAGUGCAAGAUGUUCUUUCUCUGUCAUUCAUUAAGCAUUUAACUGCAUCAACGGUAUCUUACUCUGAUUUCAAAAUAAUGACGCUGUGUGCAGUUUGGUAGGCUUUCCAAGAAAGAGCAUAUUUGGGGGCACAGUAACAUCAUUUUGAAAAUAACCAAAGAUGAAGCUUUGGCUUUGCGCUGUUCAAAUACAGAAUAAUUCCAUAAGCUGGCAAUAAAGCAACAUACAAAGCAGCCCACGAGGAAUAAACAGGGUGAUGACUUUGGAGAGGGAAGCAGGCAUUUUGCAAGUGGCUCGGAACUGAGAGGCUAAAAGCAGUUCCAUUUUUUUCCCUUCAAGCGGCAGAAAUUGUUUACAAACCUUUCUGCAACUGCAGUUUGUUGCAACUGGGGGGGGGGGGAAUGCAUUUUUAUUACCGUGGUAGGCAUUGAAAGAGAGCGUUUAUUUCACUUGUGUGCGUGCGUGUUUUUUCAAUACCUUCAGUUAUCUGAAUGGGCAUGCCUGUUCUUCAGUCACUACCUUAACCUGUGUCUUGAUUAACUGGACAUGUUCUUUCCUUCUUCUGUUCCAUUUUCUCCUGUGUGCCUGUAGACUUUUUAAUGCGACAGACUUCUUUGGCAUAUAUAAUACAUACGAUAGCUGUGACUUUGGAAAAGAAAUACUUGUAACAACCAUUAAAAUAUAUUUGAACCGGAAGCUCCAGGCUUUUAAUCUUUUAUAUCUGAAAGCCUGUGGGUGGGUGUUCACAUACCCUCUUUAGCUUUCUCUGUCAGGAAUAAUUGUGGUUGGUGUAGAAACUGGGCUUUCCUUCGUUAUUUGCCAUGAUUAAACAACUACGAAUCCAUUUGCUCAGUUAGCAGUUAGCUGCUUGGACACGGGGAAGGGAGUGCAUCACUGGACUAUGUUUGACUGACAAGGCAAACAUUUGUUUCAUGUGGUUCAGAAAUGGUUAUGGCACUGGGUCAACAUUUGUCUUCACGUGCAAUUCUCACUAAAUUAUUUUUUUAAUAAUAUAAUUAGAAGCUAAAUCAUUAACGGGCAGAAUCAAGUGUGUCCUUUAUUGUCAGUUGGAAAAGGCCUGAGAACUUUUACAUUGGGGGGCCCUUCCACUUCCGGCCUCCUAGACCGAAAGCUAUUUUACUGCUGGGGAAGCUUCUCAAUUUCAUAUUUAAUUAGCAGUAAACAGCAAUAUAUUUUAAAUGUGCAGAAGAGCUCUUGAGUGAUUUUAAGAUGUUUACUAGUGUUAGUACAAAAAAAAUGUAUAAUUUCAUGAUUUGGAUAAGAAAUGAAGUGUUAAAAAUACUAUUUGUAGUCACAAUGUACAGAAAUAAAAUAAUUGUUUUCUUUUU